UAAUCAGUGAGUGACAGCUGCCCAAUGGCGACCCCCGGCUUUCCCAUCCUGUGAAAGAGGGGGUGGCUAUAUCUCCGCCGCUGCCUGAGGAAUGUCAACUAUUCAACAUGGAGACGGCGGUUACCAGGCUUGAGACCAUGGGCCCCUCUUGUAUGGGGGAAGGAAGGCAGAGCUGUGCUGAAACUGAUCUAUGCUCUCAUCUGGUUGAGAGUGGGAAAGGCUCGCUUGGGCCGUUCCAGAAGGCAGAAUCUGAUCUGGAUUACAUUCAACACAAAUUGGAGUUUGAAAUACUGAAAAACCUUCCUGAUAAUCCAUCAGCAGAGGAAAAUCCAGUGACUCUCUUAGAGAAACUCUCAGUAGUGAAGUCACGUUAUAAAAUGUUAUGUGCGCAGCUGGAAGAAAUUUCCAAAGAGCAAAGAGAGUCUAUGAGCUGUAUUCAUGCUACUCUAGAAAACACUAUGAAGAUGGUGCAGGCACUACAGCGACACGCUGAUCUUGAGCUUUCACCUCUGUCUGAAGAAGAACAGGCUGCAGCACAACAGUUAGCAUGUAAAACUGUUAAAAGAACAGAUCCACCACUGGAAGAGCCACUGUGUUCAGUGUCUACAGUUCCUAUUCCAAAUGGGGAACCACAGUUCAAACCCGUGACUAAGGAGAUGUUUAUGGCCGUACCAAGGAUUAUCAGAAGUACUGUUAAAUUAGUGGACCUGAACAGCUUUUACAGGGAAUUAUUUAACUACUUUGUUCCAAAUGGGAACAGAGCAGCAUUGAGUGUUGCACAGAUGAACAAGAUGAAUAUGAAAGCCACCAAUUCCAGGCUACAAAUCCUGAAAGAACUUUCCAUUGUAGAAAUUGACAAACAAGGAAAUGCUAAGUUAAUUGUGUAAAUUUAAGCCUAAAUGAACGAAUCAUAUUUUGGUAGAAGGAAUUUGGGUGCAGCUCCUGGCAUAUUGGAAGACAAAUAGUUCUCUGUUUAUAAAAAUGAUACAUAGUGUGAAAAUUUGUUGUUAAUGUGACUGUAUUAGGAUUCUCUUUGUAAUACCGAAUUGUGAAUUAAAAAGCAUAUAACAAGUUUUCUAAACUACUUUUUGUUUUUAAGAUUUGUAGGACGUAGUGGACAGAACCAUGUUUUUAACUCCAACAUGUUUCAGUACUUGUUUUCCUGCGUGGGUAUUAAUGGCAUCUAGCCAAAAUUUUUUACUUGUACUUGGAUUCCUGAGUAAAUGAUAUGAAAGCCAAGUAGACUAUUUAAGUUUUACUACUUUAUAGGUCACAGUUUAGGGCAACUGGCCAUGUAUUCCCCAUCAGUGGCCCAGCAAGGGCACCCACUUUUAGGCUUCUGGUUCCUCAACUAUUACCUGUCCUGGAUGGAGAGAGACACAUCUCACUUCUUCCUCCUGACCAGGAUAUUUCCAGGCUGCACAGUUCCCUGCCUACGCUGUGAAUUCCCCCACAAGACCAACAGCCUAGGCAGGUUUGCUUUGCCUUCUUUUCAGAGAUUGAGCCCUUUGUUUCCUCUUUGACAUAGGACUAUAUGCAACUCCCAGUUUAGGUCAAUGGGAAUCUUUCAGUUGACAUUAAUGGAAGCUGGAUUGGACCCAUAGUCACUAUUAAAAGAUAAUUAAUUCUUGGCAUGUUUUGUCUGGUGUAUCGAAGUCACAGGACCAAGGCAUAAUUUCUGGAAGCAUUUAGAGCAUUUACAUCUAUAAGUCCUUGUGGCAAGUUUUACUGUGUAAGCUUCAGACUUAAUGUUUUUAAAGAGAUGUAGUGGAUUACUUGCACACCAACUGUUCAUAAUUGAUAGAUUUUGUUUUUAAAACAAAAAGCUUCCUGAGGAAUGCUAGUCUGUUUUGUAAUAACAUUGUUUGUUCACCAAUGUAUUUUUAGGCAUCUUGCAAAAAUGCAGUGCAGUUAAAACUACAGUAGAACCUGAGAGUUACGAACCCCCACAAAUAGAGGUUGUUCGUAACUCUGAAACAUUCAUAACUGAACAAAACGUUAUAGUUCUUUCAAAAGUUUACAACUAAACAUUGACUGAAUACAGCUUUGAAAUUUUACUGUACAGAAGAAAAAUGUUGCUUUCCCUUUAUUGUUUAGCAGUUUACGUUUAACACAGUACUGUACUGUAUUUGCCCUUUUUUGUUGUUGGGUCUCUGCUGCUCCCUGAUUGUGUACUUCUUCCGGUUCCAAAUGAGGUGCAUGGUUGACUGGUCAGUUUGUAACUCUGAGGUUCUACUGUUUAUAACAAUUUACAUACAAUAGGUGGCCAGAAUCCUAGAUCUGCUGGGGAAAAGCUCUCCAAAGGCAACUAUGGAAUUCACCUUUGUUUUGAAUAUUCUAAAGAUCAACACACUGAAUAACUUAUCAAUGAGUGUAAUAAGUAUUGAAUUAAGUAUUUGGAAAAUGCUAGAGUAUGUGCUUCCUUUUUGAGCUUAUGAACUGAUAUUGUAGAAGGUGGAAUAAUUUCAAUUCUUUAAUUUUCUUAACAUUUCCUUGUGAAUUUUUUUUUAAAUUUUUAAAGGACUAUGGAUUGAUAUAAUUUAAGUACAAAUUAAAUGAAUAGUUUCCAAUAAAGUUACUGUACAGUAGUUUAUGAAUUUUUUGUCUUCAUACUGAACUGGCAGAAGGGAGCUGUUUUAUCUUAGUUUGCACUGUGUACAAAUAGCAAGCUGUAACAACAUUUUUUAGUAUUUGUGAGCUACACAAACCUGACAUAUUGAGAGACUCAUAAAAGACUGAGUAAAGUUUUGUUGCUAGCAGCCACAUGUAUCUCUGGACAACCAGAGUACAAACAGCUGAUGCUUUUGUGUUGUUCUGAGAUGGAGUGGCUACUGUCACAUUACUCUUCUGUAAUAAGGUAAAAUACAUCCUGGAAUAGUACAUAUACAAACUUUCUGUAGGAUUUGAUUUUUGAAAAUAAUUGUUUCUCUAGAUAUGUUCACACACUGUUGCAAUAUAUUCUGUUUUCAUA